CUUAGCACACUAUAGGCUAUAGCCACCCAUUUUCCCCCAAACAAAACACUACUAUAGCAAGAACAAAACCAUACCCAGCCAAAAGCAAAAGAAGAACUUUUUUUUUUUUUUGUUUUUUUUUUUAAGCUCAUAAAUUAUAGUAGCUUAUAUAUAUAUAUUUGCUAGAGAUUUUGUGUGUGUGUUUGAGGAACAUGGGUCACCAUUCUUGCUGCAAUCAACAAAAGGUUAAGCGUGGACUUUGGUCUCCAGAAGAAGAUGAAAAGCUCAUCAGAUACAUUAACACUCAUGGCUAUGGCUGUUGGAGUGAAGUCCCAGAAAAAGCUGGGCUUCAAAGGUGUGGAAAAAGCUGUCGUUUGAGAUGGAUAAAUUAUUUGAGGCCUGAUAUCAGAAGAGGAAGGUUUACUCCAGAGGAAGAGAAAUUAAUCAUAAGCCUUCAUGGAGUUGUAGGAAACAGAUGGGCUCAUAUAGCAAGUCAUUUGCCUGGUAGAACUGACAAUGAGAUAAAGAACUAUUGGAAUUCAUGGAUCAAAAAAAAGAUACGAAAGCCUUCAACAUCUCCAACCACUACCACAACAAGUACUACGGAGCAUUCCCAAAUGGUGUACAAUGCGAACCAACUAGAUUUUGUGAAUCAUGAAUUGACGCCAAAGCCUCAAGUUCAUGAAACCCUAUUUUCUUCUCCAUGCCCUUUAUUUAUGUUCGACACUAGUUCACUUGAUGGGGCUCAAGAAAACAAUUUACGCUCAGAUUAUUUUCAUGACGCGAUGAAUUUGAACACGGAGACAUGGAAUGUGAACCAACAUCAUCAUCAUCAAGCUCAAAUUCAAGUUCAAGCUCAAGCUCAAAUUCUUGCUCAUCCAACGGCUUUUACAUCGGGUAUGGAUACAAAUUAUUUGCCACCAUUGAUAGAGAACAUGGAAAACAUGGUACCCCUUGAAGUACAAUCUUGUAGCAUGGAUGACGAGGGAGAGAUAGGGUUGGAGUGCUUGCAGAGGCAAGAGUUGAAUGAAUGGGUUGAAUCCCAGCAACAAUGUUCAAAUUUUCUUUUCUGGGACAAUGUUGAUGAUCAAGGACCACUCGGUGGGGAAGAAAUUGCACCAGCUUCAUCAAAUGUGGGAGCUAAUACACUGACUGCUUUUCCUUCAUCUCUAUGAGAUAACAAUAAUUGUGAUCACUGAACCCCACUUUGCAUAUUUGCCUUCUCGACCGUACCCCUAAUGUCUCUCUCUCUAGGAAGAGCUUUCAAAUGAUCCAGGCUUUUGAAACAGUUUGUUUUGGUUUUUUUUUUUUUUUGGGGGUUUUUUUUUUAAUUUUUAAUUUUUUUUUUGGGUGAGAUUGUGAAUUGUGACUUGUGAGUAAAAAUGCAACAUAAGAAUGCAUGCCACUAAUGUUUAUUUGGUGUUUGGAAAUGAAAGAGAAAAGAAUAAAAGGCAAUGCAACAAGCUGCAAAGUUUGAUGACUAUGAUGAGAUUC